AUGCAAUGUAUUUUCACGCCAAAUGAAGAGAAAAGUUUACCGCUACCCGUUUGUAUUAUAUAUCAUUGUUGUUGACUGAAAUUAUAUGCUAGAAUUAUAUUGUAUAUUUUGUAUAUAAUUGUUUGUUUUUCCAUAGAUGUGGCGAGAAAAAGUGCGCAUCGAUUGUCAAAUGAAUUUGUUUCUCUGUUUUACUUGCUAAUUUGCGCAAUUUGAUUUCUUUCCUCUACUCGAUGAAUAAAAAACUAUAUUUUCCAACGUGCUUCUUAUUUGUUACACAAUAUGUUUGCUUACGUUGUACACUUUUGUUUCUGAUUUACAACUCGUUAGCCAGUGAAUUCCAUUUGGUUGGAAACUUUUCGAAAUUUACAAAAUCUUUGAAUAACGAAAUAAUAAUCAUUUUUCAGUUCGACUGUCUUUUAGGCAAGGAUGUUAUUAUCGUUUAUACGACAUACGGCCAUCGUUAUUAACGAUUGUCUCGAACAUUCUCUACAUCGUUACUUUCCGUUUCAGGUUAUUGGCUGCUCUGUCCAACAGAUAGAAAUACGAUCGAGGUGCAACAGGCGAUAUCGGUAACAUCGAAUUCAAGGGAUCGAGGCAUCUUUCAACCAGUGCAAACGACGCGCGGACAAUUAACGUACAAAUGCCCGAAUUGCAGUCGUUUCUACAUGAGGAUCUCUUGCUUGAAGCGACAUUUACGAGUUGAAUGCGGCCAGGCUCCAAAAUAUCAAUGCGAGAUAUGCCAGGGUUGGUUCAAGUACAAGCAUAAUUUGGCGGCGCACAUGAAGAUUCAUAUCGAAGAGCCGAAACAUCAUUGCAGCCUGUGCCCGAAAAAAUUUUACAGACGAGACAAGUUGGUGAAACAUCAGAGAAGGUUGCACGAGAUUCUUUUUAUGCCGAAUAGUAGUUCAUCCGUAUCUGAUUUUUCAGGUGGCCCGGUUCGAUGGAAACUCGCAAUCGAUGUGACGCCGUACCAGUGCCCGAAAUGCUUCAAAUAUUUUAAAUCUUCGAAAUCUUGCUCCAAUCAUCGAAGCACAUGCGGCACAGACAAGAAAUUUCGUUGCGCUUUUUGUGAUUAUCGGUCUCAUCAAAAGAGCAACGUCCUCCGUCAUCUUGCAACGCAGCAUCCCGAAGCAAGUCAAAAGAAACGAGUCAACUGGGUUCUAAAAAUCAAUGAGAAGAUUGCCUUUUCGUCGAAUGUGACGUGAUGCAAACGAGAACAAAGCGAUCGAGGAGAACACCGAUUUGCCCGUUCAAGCUUGGAAGAUCCAGGAACAGGGACUACCGUUCGCCGAAUUGAAGAUACCAAAGGCUUACAACUAUGUUGGCAAGAAACCGCCGGGACAGUUUGGCUGCAGUAGAUGUGGAAGAUCGUAUAUGAGGAAAGAUUCAUUGCAGCGACACGUUCACUGGGAAUGCGGCAAGGAACCUCAGUUUCAAUGUCCCUUCUGCCCUCAGCGAUGUAAACGGAAGGCGCACUGGCUGCGACAUAUUCGCCGACAACAUCUGGACAAAAUCGGAGACAUGGAAGCCUAUUUGCUAGCUUACACGCCGAAGCUUGAAAUCGACUAA